UGCUUUUCUUGAAUCUAGAAUUGGUAUACUCUCCUGAAAGCAUUGCUGUUGUCCUGGAGAGGGUGGGUUGCAAAAUCCAUUUUUGUUCUCUGUGGUUAUGCCGUCAACAUUGUGCUUAUCCGUUGUGGUAUUGUACAAUUUCAUGGAGUAAAGUGUGGCAGCAGCAAACAGCGCCUUUAUAACGGCAAUGAAAGAGAACCUACGUAGCGUUUGAGUGGUGUUAUUGUUUCAGUCAGAACCCACGAAAUCGGUUGAUGUUACCACUACACUGGAGAGAGUUAUCGCCGAAGGGCAGAGGGGGCGGAUUUAACAACUUUGGAGAGUGAUGUGGAUUGAAUAGAAUUGACCAGUGCGGGAGACCACUGUCUGUCCUUGGCUCUCUGAAUAAGAAGAAAUAAAAAGGACACCAGAAAAGUGCAGGGAUAACAAUGGCUAAAUCUCAGCAGGGUGGUGUUGAUGACACCGGAGAGUUCUCCCGGCAAAUGGCGACGUACCUACCGUCGUUAGGUUCGCGAGCCCCCAUGUUCAUCAAGAGCAACUCGCCCAUUUCCGAGUCCAUGUACACUAUGGGAGACGCAUCCCCGGAGCUUGUCAACCCACCGGUUACCCCGUGGGAAGAUUUUGAGGACGAGAGAGAGUUCAACCCGAUUCGGAGCCCCGUCAACAUGCUUCUUGCGACAGACCUCUCCGAGGUGGGUCUACGCUCCACCACGGAGUUCGUCCCCGUGCAGGCUUCAACGCGGUGGCCGUACCUGAAGCAAAACGCAGCCCGUCAUGUGUACGGGAAUCUCCGGUCGAGAUUACAGAGCAGAGAGAAGGUACCAACAGCAUCACCGGUGAGUUUGACGUACGCACCGAGCACAUCUGAACAAUCGCCUCAACUGGAAGGACUACAAGUUCAAACAAUUGGGAUCGGGAGAACGAAACACCAACUCUCCAAAAAAGGAGGUAAUAACAUGAGUAAAUACCGACCUCAGUCGACGAAAGGAAUAAAAACCUCGGACCAAACAGUCGAUUAUCGAAUAUCAUUGAAAUCAACAGAGCUUGAGUCACGGGGCUGCGUGUCCGCUCCACCACCAACGGCAGAGUCGGCUGCGAAACCUUUUGAAUCUAUGACUAAAACUACGCACCAUCGCCAGCGAUCGAAAACAGCCAGAGAGUUCUACAGGCCCAAGAAGGGUCCACACGUCAAGUUCGACACCUCAGAACUCCCGCCAAAACUUCAAAAGGAACCCCGUUUGCCGGAGGCACCACCGAGCCCCGGUGGUGGGGAUUUGAGAGUGACGUGGUCUGAUGUUGUGACUGCGAAGUCCAACGGCGUUUUUUACCGUAACAGACCGAACGGACUCCCCCGACAGACGGGUGAAAAAGACCCACGAGGAAACCAGGAGCAGCUGUAUCUAUCCCCGGAGCUAUGGGGAAUAUUGGAUGAAGAUAUAGGUUCCAUAAAGAAGGUGGCGGGAAAGAGCUGAAUGUAUUUUUAGUUAAACCCUAUGGUAAAAAUACAUUAAAAUAUAUUUGAUUAAUAAUAGAUUGGUUUAAUAGUAGAACCAAUACCUUAUACACUGCCUGCCAGUAAUUAACUUGAUUAAGCUUUUUGAUUAAACUCCCUGUGUGUUAAAAAAUUUAGUUAAAAUCCCAUUCACCCUUACUUCUAAGAGAAUACGCGUGAAAAACAUACUUAAAAGUUUGAGUGUCCACGGAAAGGUCGUUUACCCACUGGAUUUUUUCAACAUAGACUUGUCCGCUGUCUCAAGGGAAUUCCCCCAUAGACUUUGAGCCUUAGUCUGUCAUGUAAGAAAUAAUUUUGUUUUUGACCAAUCUUACCCCGCCCUGCAAACGUUCGUGGGGUUGCCCCUUGGAUUGUGGAGUACGUUCGUGUGUUUUGUCAAGAUGUUGGGAAGUAAGCAAGAACAAGUGUGUUUUGAGUUUCUGCUGGAAAAGAGUGAUGUUGUGGAUUUGUCUGAGGUAUUCCGGAAGUGAGUUUUUUUUAAGAGUAAUCCCGGUCCCCGUAACUGGCCAGGCGCGUUCGAGGAACAUGGAGCGUAUUGCUGAUAGAUCUUAGACCUAUACCGCCAACAUUUUCAGGAUUUGGUGUAUAAUUAUAUUUGUGUCGUUGGCCCUAACGGGUUAGGGUGAGCCCUUAGCCUAUAAGUUGGAAAGUCUGUAAACAAAAAGUUUCUUACUCUGCCACUUUUUCUUCAACAAAUUUCAAAAUCCCCAAGACCCCUAUUAUCAGUCAACAAAUCAGUCCAGUAAACGUCUAUCCACGGGGGUCGAUAUUCAUAGAGCUGAAAAUAUUGCUUAACAACUCUCUGCUAAGCAGGAAUGAGCACAGGAUACCAAUCACAAAAUGGUAAAUGUGACAUUUAUGAAUUGUAGUUUUGGCUGGUUACCUAAUUCUUGUAAGCAUAUUUAGUUGUGCUAAGCAACUUUUUGUGCUUUAAGCAUCUCUUUGAAAUCGGGCCCUGAUGGGUGUGGUUCAUUGAUUCGUACAAUACUGUCACCCAAACGUCCUAUAGAGGUUGUGUAUCAAUCUGUUUAGAACAUGUGAAGUGGUUGUGUUCAAAAAAACUAAACACAUUGCACGAUUGUUUUUUCAGAGGAACACCUGGGCCCAAUUUCAUAGAGCUGCUAAGCACGAAAAUUUCCUUAGCAUGAAAUUUCUUCCUUGAUAAA